AUGAGAUUAGUGAGUGAUCAGCGCCGCCCAUCAUUCUGUUCAUCUCCUGUUGAGCCACAAAUAGGCACCAUCAAUAGAAGAAAGGUUCUUUAUUCAAAUCACAGCCAAGGCCCAUAUGUUUUCAACAAGGGGAUUAAUCCCGACCGAAGAUGCAGUGGACCUCCAGGAUUAUUGUUAGCAGUCUCAGGAUUGUAUUAUCCAGGUUCAGGUGUUACGUUACCCAGUCGCUCAGACUCAGAUACCUCAUUUCUAGAACAGCAUGACACUAGUCAUUUACCCCCUAACUUGGACCACUCUUUUUCUCCAGAAGAGCCUUCAGAUGAAUCUUACACGCAAAAUGGGACCAAGUGUUCAGGUACAAUUACAGAAAUAAGUGAUAUCAUUAAGAAUAACCAUCGCAGUAUUUUACCGUCAAUCUCUGGAGUAAAUAAAAGAGGUUCUACUAGAUCUCCGCAUCGCACUCUUAGCAAUUCUCGUAAAACUGCUAGUUGGUGUAGUUCCGCGCCAAUAUUGUGCGAAACAUCUGAACAGCCCCAUUUAACUUAUGUACCAUCGAAUAGUAUUGGGCUGACCACUUUAUCACUUGAAAGUAACUCUCAGUUGGGUGGUUCGAAUACGGUUCGAGAACAUUGCACUCCGAUACGUGAAGAAGAUGACGAAGUAGUACGCUCUGGAGAAUCUACUUUUAAGACACCCAAUCUGUUAUUUGGCUUGAAUCACCGAAGGAAGUCUGAAUCGUCAAGUAUGCAUACAAGUUCAACUCUUUUCACGACAUCCAAUAUUACCCGUGGUGGGUUCGCAAAUUUGGCUGAAUCGGAGUCAACUUCAACCAUUAGUCAGUUACCCAACAUAAGUGCUCAGCGAAACGAUGCUUUACAAAAUGGUGGCAGUUCACAAUGUACUACAUCCAAUUUCUCACUUAGCUCUCUCGCAACAAGUUUGCGAGAUUCACGCUACAUGAUCGACAAUAUACGAGGAACAUUUGAAUUACAAUGUCAGUAUAACCGUAGAUUUACUAAUUCCAUUGCUGGAGUUAGCAGUUGUGAAUAUAAUUCUAGCCGAGCUAGUACCUCAACAUCUGUUCGUAGCCUCACUGCUAUAUCAGAAAAUUUCCCUAUCAACAAUCAACUAAAAGAAGAUUUUCCUUUACAAGAUUCACAAAGACUCCCCCUUCAUCAUCGUGAUUUACUCCAUCCAUUGGAAUCCACCUUAAAAGCUUCUACAAAAAACAAUAUUUUACAGAAUUCCAAUAUGGUCAAAAAUUCUAUGAAUAGUUGUUUGAAUCGUGAUUUUCUUGUUACAGAUUCAUCUCAGAAAAGUAGAAUGAGUUUACCAGCUAGUAUAAGUGGCAUUACAAACACAGAUAUUGCCUGUUCAGUGAGUCCUGUUUUAGAAUCGAAUGAAAACAAUUUUCCCUCCUCUCUUUAUCUUGAGCAUAGUUCACCUGUAAGAUUUGACAAUCUUCUUACUCAUAACCAUAGGAAUGGGUCUUGUAAAUCUGUUAGUCAAUCUACAACUUCAUUUAAACGUCCUUCACAUUUGUCUUCAGGACGAGAAUCUUUUAAGAAGUCGAACAUCAGCUGUCUUCCUGAUCAUCGUUGUAGUAUAGUUGAAAACAUGAAUUCAGAAACCCAUAUAAUAAUAAUAUAA